AUGACCAUGAACGGAUUACCGAAAGAUCGUUCGGAAGUACUCAAUCUUAUAAAUGAAUGGAACUCCACUCGACUUGAUUUAUUUAAAAUAAGUGAACCUAAUGAAGUUCUGGACUUCUAUGGCGUUAUGAGAUUUUACUUUCAAGAUGCUGAAGAUAAAGUAACCACCAAAUGCAUACGUGUUGCAAGCACGGCUACAACAUUAGACGUGAUACGUGUUCUAAUGGAAAAAUUAAGGCCAGAUAUGAAAACAUUACCAAAUGAGAAAGAUUAUUGUAUUUAUGAAGUUCAUCCAAAUGGAGAUGGAAGAAAAUUAGAAAUGGACGAAAGACCAUUAUGGGUGCAACUUUAUUGGGGAAAAGAUCAAAGAGAAGGUCGCUUUGUUUUGCAAAAUGCAAAACUACCUAAAAUAUCAAAACCAAUCGGAGGUAGUUUUAAGGAACGACGAUCAUCGAAACGGGAAUCAAAGAAAAAGAAAAAGCAAGACAAGAAAAAUGGUAUUGAUGAAAACGAUACUCAAUCAUCGGCUGUGACACCAACAGCUAUUGGCGAAUCAUUAUAUAAAUCAGUUCCUGAAACAAAUAAAUUCACUCGGUCAUUAUCAAAUCCUGAAAUGGUUAAAAAGAUUCAACAAGAUCGUUUAAAACAAAAGUUUAUUAAAAUAAGUACAAAAGAAGGAGGUGGUACUAUGAAAGUAUUUGGCGAUGCAUUAAAUCCAUCAAUACCUUAUAAAACAUUUCUAUUAUCAAUCAAAGAUACUGCUGAAUGGGUUGUUAAGGAAAUGCUUGAAAAGUAUGGUUUAAAACAUGAAGAUCCACAAAACUACUGUCUUCUUCAAAUUGUUAUUCCACCACGUGAUCAAAUGGAUAAUAAAACAAUAAAAGAGGUUAUUCUACAUGACAAAGAAUGCCCACUAAGUAUGUGUUUAAGUCAUGCACAAAAAAAUGAAGGUUCAAUUAUGUUUAAAGUUGUUAAGUGCCCAUCAGAAUAUAUUGAAAUUCGUAAGCGUCUUCGAGCACAAGAAUCAGCAUUAGAUACAAUUCAAGCGCCGUCGAUUCAAGAUCGAACUAUCAAUGAUCAUCUUUCGAUGUUUGUGGAAGUUAAAAAUGAUGGAACUGAUCUCACUACACCACGCGUGUUUAAAAUUCAUCCGAAUACUACAUAUGUUGGUCGUGAUGCAAAAGCUGGCACUGGAAAGCAAUAUUUUUAUAUUGAUGGUGUUGGUAUUGAUCGUGAUCAUUGUACGAUUCAUAAUCAAAAUGGUAUUGUUACAUUAACUCCUCGUGGCGAAAUAUGGUUAAAUGGAAAACUUGUUUCGACACCAUUUGUUCUUCAACAUGGUUCAUUAGUUUGUUUUGGACGAAAUUCAACAUUUCGUUAUUGUGAUCCACAAUUUGUUCAAAAAACCUCAACAAAAUCAUCAAAUAUAAUUCCUUCGAAACCAUCACAAAUCAAUGGUGAUAAACCAGCAAUUCAUAGUUCAUUAUCAACAUUACCAACAGCUGGUAUGAAAAAGUUGAAUAAUAUUGAAUCGAAUACAUUACAAGUACGACCACCGAAAGAUUUACAACAAAAGAAACCAAAUAUGAUAGUUGAAUCAGGAACAAUGAUUGAUGUUCUACCUGGUUUAUUAGAAGUUCCUGCAGAAACUGAAAAUCGAUUUCUUCAUGCUAUUUUUGAUAAUUAUCCAUUAACUAACAUACAAUUCCGUCUAUCACCUGUUUAUACACUUUAUAUGACAUUACGACAUCGUCUUUCACCAUAUGGAAAGCCAAAUUUUCCACUUGUACAAAAACAAGAAAAUAUUAUCUCAUUGCUGUAUCGUAUUGAAGAUAUGAUUAAUACAAAGAUUGAAGAAUGUCAUGAACAUGGCGGUUAUCUUGCAUAUUGGAUAGCGAAUACAUCUGAAUUGCUUUAUUUCAUUAAACAAGAUCGCGACAUAUCAAAAAUUUCUCAUGAUAUACAAGAUCGUUUAGCUGAAUGUGUUCAACGGUUAUUUCGUUAUUUAACACAUCUAGUACAAAAUGAAUUAGACAAAUACUUAAUUUCCUUUACAAAUCCACAAGAUGAUGUUGAACGUGAUGUUUAUAUUGCAUUCGAAGAAACUAGCUCAACCAAUACAAAACUAUCUGAUUUACGUUGGAUAACAUCAGAGAUGAAUUCAAAUAAUUAUCAUCAAGCAACGUUAGGUGAUAUACUUGCAACACUUUCAUCAAUCAUGGAUUUGUUACGUAAAUGUCGUGUUAAUGCUGCAUUAACAAUUCAAAUGUUUUCACAAAUAUUUCAUUAUAUAAAUACAUGGUUAUUUAACCGAAUCGUUUGUUGUCCCGAAUUGAAAUUAUGUGCACAUUUUUGGGGAGAAAAACUAGCUUUACGUUUGAAAUCAAUCAGUGAUUGGGCACAACGGCAAGGUUUAGAAUUAGCAUCGGAUUGUCAUCUAACGAAAGUUAAUCAAAUUUGUUUAUUAUUACAAAAUGCUAAGCGCGAUGCACAUGAUGUUCAACAAUUAAUAUCUAACAAUACAUUUAAACUUAAUUCAGUACAAAUUAAACAAAUAUUAAAUAAUUAUGUUUUAAAUAGAAAUGAAUCGCCUAUUUCACCUACAUUUAGUCAAGCUCUUCUUGCUGCCGCCUAUAAACAAGUCGACGAAAAUUUACGUCGUGAAGGUGUACUUGUUCAAUUAGCUGAAGAACCUGAACUAAAUUUACCAUUUUUAUUACCUGAAGAUGGCUAUACAUGUGAAAAUUUACGUGGUAUACCACAACAAUUAUUUGAAUUCAUUGAACCGAUGAGUCGUUCAUCAAUAUGUCGAUUAUUUACUAAUCCCCAUAGUCUUGGAAUGUGGACUGAAUUUAUGCAUUCACAAACUAAUGAAAAUGGACUUACUAAUAUUAAUAAUAAUAAUGAUGGUACAAGUAGCAGUGUCGAAACUAUAACGUUAAAUAAAAAGGGAAAUAGUCUUGGUUUAAGUAUUGUUGCUGCAAAAGGUGAAUCUCAACAAUUUCAAGGCAUUUAUAUCAAAGCUAUUGUACCAGGUGGUGCAGCUGAAGAUGAUGGACGUCUUCAAGCUGGCGAUCAAAUACUUUGCGUUGACAAAAUCAGUCUUAUUGAUAUCACACAAGAACAAGCUGCUGAAGCUCUUAAACAAUGUGGACCAUUAGUAGCGUUACAGGUUCUUAAAGAUGCAGCAAAUCGUCAAGGUCUUUCAGCUUUACUUGCUAAACCAUCUGAAAAUCUUCAUCACAAUCAUCAACCGCAGCAACUAGCUCGUUUUCCUGCAACAUCAAAUCCAUCAUUGUUAUCAUCACAUCAACAUCAACAACUUUCAUCUUCAGCCAAUGCUUUAAAAACUGCAAGUAGUCAUGAACGUUUAUUAACUCAUAGCAAUGGACAACAACAGCCACCACCGCAGCAACAUCAUUUUUCUACCCUUGGUCAUCCAACUCAUCACCAUCACCAACAAGUUCAUCAUCAUCAAAAUGGCCCACCAACAAUAAUGCAACCCCGACCAGCAUCUCGUUCUCAAUUACCCAACACUUCAUCGUCCUAUGAAUUCGUUUAUAACGCUAAAAGUGCUCCAGUAAAUAGUAAUGGUAAUAAUAACCAUCAUCAUCAACGUCUCAUUCAACAUGAUAAUCAACAUCGAUUAAUUCAAUCGUCACGUUCAGCACAAAUAUUAAUCGAUGAAGAAACAAAUGAUGAUUUAUUAAACGAAUAUACAUUACAGCAACAACAACAGCAAACACAACUACAACAGCAUCAAUCAAAUCCAAAUCUAUUUCAUCCAAAUCAAAUACAAUAUUCAGCAAUCAAUAAUCGUAAUCAAACAUUCGACUUACCGAAACGAACUUAUGGCCAUGAAAAUCAUAUGAUGAAUGGAAAUGAACAUGAUAUGGAUGAUCAUCACGAUCAAUAUGAAGUAGAUGAAGUAGAAGAAGAAAAAGAAGAUGAUAAUGAGGACGAUAUUCAACCAACAGCUUUCAUUCGAUCAGCUAGUGAAAGACAGUCAUUUGGUGAUCGAAACUUAUCAACAGCACCACCAUUAAUCUUUCGAGAAGACGUUCCACCAACUCAAAAUGGUUUUACCAACGGAAAUCAUCAAAUAAAACCUAUGAAUCAUGCACAAUCAGCUAUUGGGCCAACUCUAGCUCCAAAACCACCACCGAAACCCAUGAUUAGUACUUUAGCACUAAUUAAGCAAACUAAUCCAAUAAAUGAUGUUGAUAUAGCAAAUCGAUUAUCAAAAGCAAGUUUAUCAUCAUCAUCCGAUCAUUUAGUUUCAUCAAUACGAAAACCACGUCCUCAAGAACCAAUUAAAUUAGCAAAUUCACGUCAAAAUAAUAUAAGUGAAUUACGUUUAAUACGAAUUCAUGAUUUACUGAAUAAGAAUGAACGUACAGAUCAAGAAGAAAAAGAACUAAAUAAUCUAAAAUUGGAAAAUGAAUUUGAUCGCCGUGUUGAAGAAUUUAAUUCACACACAAACGGUAAUGACAAUGAUGACGAACGUGUCAAUAUUAUUCCUAUUUCUGUAUUACCAACGCCAUCACCAAGUGCCACUGAUGAAAUGAAUGAAUUUGAUGAAAAAUUAAAACGACGCCUUGAACAGUACGAACAUGAUCGACAAAUUGAACGCGCACAUGUCAAUCGUUUACAAGCAAAACGUGAAGCUGAAAUUGAAGCACGUCUACGUAAAGAUCGAGAUCGUGAUGUUCGUACUGAUCGAGAUAUGCGCGACUUAAAAAUUCGUCGUAUGUCUGAAGAAGAUAGAUCGAUUGAAGCCAAAAAAGAGCAAGCUCGUUUAUCAAAACAUGUGCGUUUACCUGAUUCACCACCUUCAACAAACGAAUCAAUGAAACAUUCAUCUUCAAUUGGUCAUAUUCCAGUUACAAAAGAUCAUGUUGAUUAUAAAGUUUCACCGCCGGUUCCACCUCCGCCACCAACAAGAGAUAGUUCAUUUGUUGUAGCCAAUAAUAUUAAACAAUCGUUAAUACAACGUGUAUCAAAUGAUCACCAAUUAAUUAGUCCACCAUUACCUCCUCCACCUCCACCAUUGACUGAAUCAUCACCAACAUCCAGUGUUGUUGCAAUACCUGUAUCAUCACUGCAUGCUGUUGAACGAAUAACAGCUGAAUUGACGCGUCGCGAUGAUUUAUAUAGUAAUGACGAUACAUCAAAUCAUCACACACCAUCUGUUAUUGGUUCACAAGAAGUUUACUUGGAUCCACGUUUUCGUGCAAAACGUAUUCAACAACAAAAAGAUAAUCUCAAUGGUAUUAAUAAAGAAAAUUUAAAUAAUGAUUCAAGUGGUGUUACGACUGAAACCAUGUCAUUUCGAGAUAAAUUAAAAUUUUUUCGUAAACCACCUGAUCAAGCAUGA